AUGACGACCAUAGGUUUGGUUGUGUGCGCAAACCUAGUGCUCGUUUUCUUAUCCCUCACUUCCGAACUCCCCAACCGUGAAUACCAUGUCCUGCUGGGGCUGGAGAUCGUGGCUCUGGUUUUUAUCACGAUCUACUCCUUCCUUCCACACAAAGAGCUUCGAUUCAUCAUCUACGCGAUUCCAAUAUUCAACCUUGUGGCUGCCUACUUUUGGAGCUAUGUUGAACACCGUCUGUGUAUAUGCCGUGAUAAGAGAACAGUCAGAGAGCUCUCUUCAAAAGAGAAGAAUGUGGAAAAUUUGAAUAAACGCUGGAGAGAGACCUCGGCUUUUGUGUACUGGGUCUGUCGAGUAGCGGUUCUUUUGUGCUACGCUAGUUUAUUUGUCAAUCUCUGCGUCUCUAUCGGACUGCUCUACGUUUCAUCCUACAACUAUCCUGGAGGUGAGGCAAUCACUCGGCUAAACAAUUGGCCCGGAUUGAGUGAACGACGUGAUGUUCACGUCUACAUUAGCAAUCUGGCUGCUCAGACGGGAGUCAGUCGAUUUCAACAAGUUAAUGACCAUUGGAUUUAUAACAAGACUGAGAAAAUCGACAAUGAUGUUCGGGCUCUAGUCGAAGGACCCUUCACGCACUUGAUUUUGGAGGCUUCGAAAGACGUUCUUUCCGGCCGUGUCGAGGCCUUCCAUCAAUUGUUCACCGUAAAGUCAUUCUCAGGCAUUACAUACAACCCUGAGGGAUCCCUCUGGAAGAAACUGAAAAUCCUCAUAAAACCUGCUCUUGUGACUUAUGAAAGAGUGGCCAGACCUUGA